AUCAAAUUCUUAGAAACAUUUUCCACACCACCACUUCACCACUCUCCAAUUGGCCACAAAAAUGGUCCCUCCGACCCUCUGGCGAUGCCUGCGAACGCCAUACAUCACCCACCCACUUAAACUCCGACCAUGCACCCACAACUUCACCACAACCCUAUCACUUUCCGCAAAGCCAUUAAAACCAAAGGGGCCCCCACCCUCGUCCAAAAUGAACCCGGGAAAGCAACGCACGCAGUCCAGCAAACUCCGCAUAAAGAAGGCGCCCAUUGCAGUGCAGAAACCCGCCUACGAAGUCGGCCAGCGCAAGGAACUGCGGAGGCGCAUCGUCCUAUCGAAUACCAAUGCCAUCCCAGUGGCACUGCCACCCAUGACAGCGGACUUGGUUGGGAACGAGGAGGCCGCCGGAGCGAUGUUUGCGCUGCCGGGUGGGGAGGGGGACAUGAUUGUAGAUCGGCUGAGGGCGCUGGGGGCCUUCCAGACGAAGCAGCAUUGGCCAUUUUUCCAUCGCCCUUGCACACUUUUCCGGAGGGAGACCGUGGAAAUUGGGAGGAUGUUGGAGAGGGUCAUGAAGCGGGAGGUCGUGGGAGAGGAUGGGAAGGCGAAUGAGAGGGCGAUCUUGCAUGGGUAUUAUGGGUGUGGGAGGAGCAUACUCCUGCUACAGGCGAUGACUUGGGCGCUGCAGAUGGAAUGGGUUGUUAUCGCUAUCCCUAACGCUCAUGAUUUGGUUGUUGGACACACCGAGUACGAGCUUGAGGGUAAUUCGCAUCUGUGGUUGCAGAAAGCGUACACUACGGAUCUUUUGAAUAGGGUAUUGAAGGCCAAUCAGAGCGCCUUCAAACAGAUGAAACUUUCCCAAAACUAUCGUCUGGGACGAAUGGAUGAAGCCCAGAAAGGCGAUGCAAUGAAAAGGGUCUUGGAGACCGCAGUUCUGGAUCCAUUGCUUGCUUGGGAUGCAUUCAAUGUUCUGCUUGGAGAAUUGGGUUUACCGGGAAGUCCCCCAGUGCUGUUUACGCUGGACAACCUCAAUCAGAUCUCCAUCCCGAGCAAGUACCGAGAUCCUGCUUUCAACGCGAUCCACCCCCACGAUCUCGCCCUUCCAAAUACAUUCCUCGCAUACCUAUCCGGCAAGCGCAGCUUCCGCACGGGAAUCACCCUCGCUGCAACAUCAUCGAAAUGCUCUCGAACGCUAGCCCUUGAUGCAGCGCUCGAAGGUCGGGGAGUCGACCCAUACGAGAAACUCGACCCAAGAAUUGGGCCCUCAAUCGAGGGUGCUCAGAUCAUCCAGGUGGACAGUCUGAGCAAGAGAGAGGCAAAGGCCCUCAUGGACUACUACAGCGAGAGCGGGAUCAUGAAAGCUCCAGUAGACAUCGCAACUUUCAGCGAAAAGUACGCAGUAUCGGCUGGUAAUCCGAGAGACCUGUUCGGAACUUGCUUGCGGGUGAGGCAGUGA